AUGACUAGGAUAAUGGCGCCCCGAAGCAUCCUCCAACAUGCUGGGCUUCUCGCCUUAGCGACGACAAUCCGCGCGGUCCCGUUCGUCUCUGAGCCUCAGACAACAGUCACUUCCGAGCCAACAAUCACUGCCUCCCAAGUUCCCGUCCAGAAUGUGACUUCUCAUGGCCCUUACACAGGACCAUCGCCAACCACGACGGGGGCCAUCUCAACCAGCAUUCUCGCCUCAGAGGUGCCGCAGCUUCCUCCCCCAGACGAUGCGUACGACUACCCAGCGGACGGCGCUCUCCACGGCGACCAGCCCGCACCGUACACUCCUGCCGGCGGUCUCGGCACCAACGGCUCCGCGCCAGUAUACCGCGUCCAAAGCGACUUCGACUACCAAUCUCUCGCUCUGGCCCUAUACCAGGAGUACAUCGAGCUCGACCUUUUCCACUGGGGCUUGGCCACGUACCCCGUCGAAGACUUCGAGGAGCUCGGCUUGAACGCCGAAGACCGGUACCUGCUGCAGUUCAUGGCGGAGCAAGAGAUCGGCCACGCGACCGUCAUCACGAACAUGCUCGGCGCUGAAGCCCCGCAGCAGUGCACGUACAACUACCCCGUCUCGAACCUCCGCGAGUAUAUCGACUUCAACCAGAAGCUCACGCGCUGGGGCGAGGCCGGCGUCUACGGCUUCCUGCCGCACCUGAACUCAGGCCCCGCCGCGCAGCUGCUGUUGCAGAGCAUCACGACCGAGGCGCGCCAGCAGAUGAUCUUCCGGCAGUUUGAGGGCCUGUUCCCGAUGCCCGAGUGGCACACCGUCGGCAUACCGCAGAGCUGGGCGUGGACGCUGUUGGCGCCGUAUAUCUCUAGCUGCCCGUGGAACCAGACGCGGCUGAUCUGGCAGAAUUUCCCUGCGCUGCACAUCCUCAACCAGCCGAACCCGUACCGCAUCAACGGAUCGAGUGCCUGGAACGAGACGACCGGCGGGUGGGCUAACACGGCGGCGACGGGGAAUAUCACCGACUCUGAAUCUUGUGUGAACGCCGCGGAUCCUGGGGAGGACUGCAACCCGGCCAUCUCGCAGAACCGGACCAUGCCGCUGUCGUAUGCCGGCCGCCAGGUGUUUUUGCAGUGGGAUGCCCCGGGUCAGCCGGUCGGCCCGAACAACAGCUACAUCACUUCGACGAACGUGAAGGAACCCAAGUUCGCUGCGUGGGUUUCCCAGUUGAACGUCACGUACUCUGCCCUGCAGAACGUGAGUCAGGACGAUCGUACUGCGUACACUAUCCAGCCGAACGUAUCGACUUGGGAGUUUGACCCAGCGAUCAACUCGACUAUGUUCUUGGCGUUGACUGACACCGACUUGUACGUCACGCCUUACAACUUGACCAUGAUCAACCCGCAUGUUGCCGCCCUGGCCGUGUACCAGGCUGGUUAA